GGCUAAUGUGUGGCAAUAAAAUCUUCUCUCUUACUUAUGUUAGUUAAGUUGUUAAACUAGCAGUUAAGGAUUUCUGGGAAAAUCGUUCCCAGCUCUUUUGCGAUGAAGAACAGUGCAAUCAAGGAUUUCUGGGGUUUUUGAUGUUGUUAUUUGUGUUGAUAUCUUCUCAUGAUUCAUCACUGUAACUAUUCGUACCUCUGUCUGAUACUGGAUUGUGAUUUUAAGGCCUGAUUCGAAGGAAGAAGUCGCAGUUCACUGUUCACUCGCGUUUCCGACCUGCGAACUGGGAAGGUACCGUGAACUCUGUUUUUCGUUUCGAUCUUUGCUCUAAGGUCACUGGGUGUGUCUUGCUUCUGAGGGGGUGAGGUUUCGCCAUCUCUUGGUGAAGCUCGCUGCUCUUGGUGAAGCUCACAGGUCUGCCUGCGACAUUUCCGUACGGCUGGGCGUUUUUGUGCAAAAGACUUCAAAUGGUGAGGAAGAAACAGGGGGUAUUGAGGGCUCUAUUGCUAGGAAUACCAGGUCUGCAAAGUUUGGUAUCCUAGAAGGAAGGGAUGAGGAGUUCCCUGCCCUCAAGGCUGGAACGUCCCAAAAACCUGCGUCUGCUCAGACUGCUGGUGCUGACCCGACCGGGGGUGACUUGCACCCGACCGGGCCCCUGGGACAGAAUGCUACUUUGAGCUCUGCAGAAGUCCAGACAGCUGAAAAUGGUGAGAUUAUCCCUCCUGUUGGACAGAGCACCAAAAAAUGGACAGAAUUGCUUCGUGAUAACCGUGCUCCCUCCAAAGGUAUAAAAUUAAAAUACGUACCUUCGGUAGAUGAUUGUGUUGAUAUUUCAAAUUUUGUAUUACCUUCGAUGGUCUCUUUGUGGGGGUAUUGCCUUGUUGGAUGUUUUACAGGAAGGUUUCCCGGGCUAAAAGCGAUAUAUGGGUUAGUGAAACGUUGGGGUGUACAUUGUACGAUGAAAUCCCAUGACAAAGGAUGGGUGAUUUUUAAAUUUCAAAACGAGCAAGACCGUACUAAGGUUUUCACCGAGGGUCCCUAUAAUCUCUAUGGAAGACUUCUUAUUUUGAAGAUGCUUUCCGAUGAUUUCACUUUUGACGAUGAGCCAUUCCUAAAGGUGCCUAUUUGGGUUAAGUUUCCCAAUCUACCACUGAAUUUGUGGAAUGAAGAGGCAAUGAGCAAGAUUACAUCGAAGGUGGGUGUUCCUAUCACCACGGACAAGGUCACACAAGAAUUGACAAACUACCACUUUGCAAGGGUUCUCAUUGAGGUGGACAUUACCAAGGCGCCUUGCCUCUCCUUUCCGAUUCGUUUGCCUUCGGGGAAAAUCUUUAAACAAUUGGUGGUGUAUGAGACUUUUCCUAAUUUUUGUUUUCAUUGCAAAUCAUAUGGUCACCACCCCUUUAUUUGCAAGCAAUUGGGAUGGAAAAAGAUUGAAAAAGAGGUGAUGAAGGAUGGUGGGAAAAAGAGUGAGGAAAACAUUGAGGCUGCUUCCCUUGAGAUGGUGCACCACAAAGCCAAACCGAAGGGGAAGGCUGUGGACAAAGCGCAGCCUGAAGCUACUGCCCAGGGGGCAAACCCGACCGGGCCUGCCUCUAACCCGACCGGGUCCCUGGGACAGAUCGCAACCCAGGUUUCUAAUGUUGCUACGCAGACUGCCGGCAAUGUCUGGAAGCCCAUUUCAGACCCGAAAGAAAUCCAAAAGCCUGCUGGGACCACAGAAGAGGACGCCGAGGGGAUUGUGGAAGAUAUUGAGAGAAUAGUGACGGAGGAGAAGGACCUACAUCAGUAUGACAUUGUCAUUAAAUGUGAGGUAAUAAAGGAUAAGCUCAAGUUGAUUGUUAAACCUUUUAGGUUCGUGCAAACAAGUGUGAUAAGAGUUGAUACUUCGUUCCGACUUACGGAUGAUCUGGAUAACAAAGGCCUUACUUUUACCGCUAAAUGUUUUGAGGAUUUACUGGGAGUGACUAAAAAGAAAGGCGAGGUUUGCUUUGACCCAAAGUUUACCACCCCUUUCCGCAAGUUCUUUGGAGUUUAGAUUAGGGAUACCUAAUUUUGUGGAGGUAGUUUGACCUGUUUUGUUCUUAACUAAUGGUUAGGUUCAAAUUCUGAUAUUGUUUGAGCAUUUGCUUAAGAUUUGUGGUAUUCCAUAUACCGGGAUAUGCACUUUUGGUUGUACACAUUGACUUGUUAUUUUCUUUGGGUGUUAAUAUAUAUUUACAUUUCAUCCAAAAAAAUGUCAAGUUCGAGUGGAUUUCUUGGCAAUUUGCCGGUUCUUGAUGCGAAGAACUUGGAUAAGUGAUGCAUUCAAAAUUUCAAAUGAAG